CAGAGUUGACUUACGGACUUUGCAGAGCUUCAGUCAUACACACAAUGAUGAACUUCACCUUGAUAACAGCUUUCAUUCUCUGCAGCCUCAGCUGGAUCUCUGUCUCAGUUUCUGAGUCUCAGACUGUGGAGGUCCAGUCUGGUGAAGAAGUCACACUGCUGUGCUCCAACAUUUCCAAAUAUGACGCUGUAACAUUCUGGUUCAGACUUGUCCAGAGAACCAACAUCAGCUGUAUCUCUGUUAUGUACAAGUCUAACAGCAAUGCUGAAUUCUGUGAUGGAUAUGAAAACAGAGAAUUUGAAAUGAGAUCUAACAUCUCUACCCUCUUUCUCAAAAUCAAACAAGUGGAUUUAUCUGACGCUGGACUGUAUUUCUGUGGAUUUUAUGCUCAUGGACGUCCAACUUUCAGUGUAAUACAUUUAAACAUUAGAGGCAGCGAUGAGCCACAUGAUGACGUCGACAGCAAGUGUAAAAAAGAGUCUGACGGAAAAGAAAAGCUGACGAGUGUGAUCCUGGGCGGUCUGACUGUUUUCCUUGUAAUGGUCAUCAUUGGUCUGGUUGCUAAAAUCAGGAAACUUCAGACAGCUGUCAGUGAAGAACAGAAUCCACAACAGCGUGAGAAUCUGGACUCUGAUGACCUGAAAGAUGCAGCACUGAGUUUCUAUUCAACAACAAUAAGAAACAGGAGGCCUGCAUCACAGAGAGAAGUGGAAACUCAUGUUAUUUAUGCUGCCAGCAGAAAGACUCAGAGUGGUUCAGAGUGGAACUGAUGCUUUUAUCAUAUUAAUCCACUGCUGUGUACUUUUGUGGGUGGAGGGAGGAGUUACCAUUUUCUUACUGAAAAAAAAAAGACAUAUAAUCAAAAUUUCUUUCUUUUUCCAAAUGCUUUUACUCUCAUGUCUCUCUCACUCUCUGUCUUCCUAAUUUUAUCCGACUGUGGUUCCUGUCCAAAUAGACAAUAGAUAGAUGGAGGUCUGCAGCAGUGGAGGAGUGAGUGAGUUUCACAUCACUUGUUAGACAGGAAGAGACAGCAGUGUGGUCUGAGCACAGCUGAUGUGAGAAUCAUGAGGCCUGUUAGAUCGAAGCUCUGUAAGAAUAAAGUCUGAAAUGAAGCAGUGAAUACUGACUGACCUUCUUCUGUCAAGUGGACAAAGUGAUCAGGUUCUACAUUUGUACAGAUGUUUUGGAAACUGGAUAUUUUAACUGUGAUGCCAAUGUGUUACAUGU